ACACACACACAUAUAUAUAUAUAUUUGUAAUUUUCUCUCUCUAGAGAUCAGAAAAGCAUGGGGAGAGGGAAGAUCGUGAUCAGGAGGAUCGACAACUCGACGAGCAGGCAAGUGACAUUCUCGAAGCGGAGGAGCGGAUUGCUGAAGAAGGCCAGAGAGCUGGCGAUUCUGUGCGACGCCGAAGUAGGAGUCAUCAUCUUCUCCAGCACCGGCAAGCUCUACGAUUUUGCUAGCACCAGCAUGGAGUCGAUAAUUGAACAAUACAAGUCAAAAGAGGCGCAUCACCAAUCGGAAAACGCAUUUUCUGAUGUCAAGUUCUGGCAGAGGGAGGCAGCAAUGUUGAGGCUACAGCUGCAGAAUCUGCAAGAAGAUCAUCGGAGAAUAAUGGGCGAAGAGCUUUCUGGUUUGAAUGUCAAAGAUUUACAGAAUUUGGAGAACCAGCUGGAAAUGAGCCUUCGGGGUGUCCGCACGACAAAGGACCAAAUUUUAUUUGAUGAAAUACAAGAACUAAACCGAAAGGGAAACCUCAUUCACCAACAAAAUAUGGAACUGAAUAAGAAGGUAAACCUAAUUCGUCAAGAAAAUUUGGAACUACAUAAAAAGGUUUAUGGAACAAGGGAUGCAAAUGGAGCAAACAAAAAAUCCCUUAUUUCAAACAGUUUGAGCAUCAGAGAGGACUUGCAUGCACCAGUCCAUCUCCAACUUUGCCAGCCACAUGAACAAAACUAUGAAACACCAGCAAAAGCUACAAAAUUGGGGUAAUUGUUCAUCCAGCCAUUUAUAUAUUUCAAUUAAAAGUGCCAAAUACUUGGCCAGAAUAUUGAUCCAUUACUUGUUCCUGUAAAAAUGCAUCAGAUUAUAACUGCA